CGCAUUGAAUCGCGCAUACUGCCAAGAAGCGAGUCGCUUCUCGAACUUCGAACGCAUCAGCAGGCCGGCGUGGAGAGUACUUGAAGACCGAUAAGCUCCAGUCACACCAGUUUCCACUUCUCGCUCCUGAUCCGUGCACAGGAGAGGCUGCAAACAACUCAAAUCCUGGUGGACGUUCUUGGUUUGCCGCGAUGAAAGUCUCAGCAUUCUCCGUACUUGGUGGUGCGCCGGCACUCAUACUGCUGAAAUUGGGCUGUCUGGCUCGAGGCGCCUACGUCCUCGAUGGUCGUACCCUCCCAGACGACUUCAUUUUUAGUUGUGGUACAUCUGCCUAUCAAAUCGAGGGCGCCACCGGGUCCCAGGCAGAGGGCGGUAAAGGCACAAGCAUUUGGGACACCUUUGCGCACGAGAAGGGGCUAGGUCACAUCGCCAAUGAUGAGACUGGAGAUAUCGCAGUUGACUUCUAUCACACCUAUCCCCGGGACCUGCCUCUCUUUAGGCAGGCCCUCGGAGUUAAUCAGUUCGACUUCACCGUCGCGUGGACGCGCAUUCUUCCAAACGGCACAGGCACCACAGCCAAUCCAGCCGGGCUCAAUUUCUACCGUGAUGUGAUCAUGACUGCACACAGGAAUGGUAUGACUGCUGCCUGCACUAUCUACCACUGGGACCUGCCUCAGGCCCUACAGGACAAGUACGGAGGAUGGCUCAACAAGCAAGUAGUCAGCGAUUUCAGAAACUACGCCGAAAUUAUCAUGGACGGCUUGGGCGAUCUCUGUGACGACUGGCUCUCCAUGAAUGAACCGCGGACGUUCUGCCAAGAAGGCUAUGGCGCCGAUCCCGUUAGCGCACCAGCGAUUCCGAAUGGGACCUUCAACACCGAGAUCACUUGCAGGCACAAUGCUAUGCUCGCGCACGCCGAGGCCCAUGAAGUGUUCGUCGAGAGAAAGAAGCAAGGAAAGGUGAAGGGCGAAUUUGGCAUCAAGAUCGAUGGCGGCCCGGGAGUGCCUAUGGACCCUACCUCCGCUGCUGACGUCGCUGCGGUAGACAGGCACCACGCCUUCGAGUUCUGGGAAGUCUCUCCCCUCGUCAAUGGCACGUACAACCCCACAAUGCGCACCGCGCUCGGCUCGCUUCUGCCCUCGUUCACAGCCGAGGAGACGAAGAAGCUUGCCGGCUCGUACGAUUUUGUGGCCUUCGACGCGUAUACGUCGACGUGGAUCGCCGCGCUGAAUGCGUCAGACGCGGCAGCGUGUACGGGCGAACAGCCGGACUUCUGGCCGGAGUGCGUGGAGGACAGCGAGACGGACCAUGCUGGAUAUCUCAUCGGGAAGCCCACGGAGAGCGAUUGGAAUUUCCGGGCGAAUGAUACGAUAUACGUUGGGUUGAGGUACAUGCAUGAGAAUGGCAUCAAGGCGUUUACUGUGGGGGAGAACGGCAUGGCUGUAAUCAAGGAGGCUAGUCUGCACCUUGGCGAGCGGGUCGUGGAUGCGGAUCGUGUCGACUGGUACCGCAGCACGUUCAAGAAUAUCAAGUGGGUCCUUGAUGCCGGCCUGCCGCUCAUUGGUGCAUCCUUCUGGUCGUGUAUCGACAAUCUAGAAUGGUCAUCCGGCUUCACCAUCAAGUUUGGACUGGUGGACACCAAGCCUGGAUACAAUCAGACACGCACAUCGAAGAUGUCUGCGAACUACGUGAAGGCAGUUAUGACGGGCGAGUUGGACUCGCGCUACUCGUACUUCCCUAGCGAAGGCAUCUAAUCAAGGAGGAUAUGAAGCGAUGGAGUCCAGUUUCAUGACAGAUACUCGAUCAUACUAUGGGAUCCGAGACGAAGUUGAGAUGUAGCGCUUAGUUGACUGGUGAAAGCUCAAGGUACCACCUCCUAUUCUUGACAGUGUAGAUAUGACUGUCCAUAUCAAUGCUAGAGAAGGGAACUUGAGCUGGUGAGGGG